GUUCCAUCGUCACACCCUGUGAGGCUCCUGUCGUCAAUAUGCGUGAGUGUAUCAGCGUCCACAUCGGUCAGGCCGGCGUGCAGAUCGGCAAUGCUUGCUGGGAACUGUACUGCCUCGAGCAUGGCAUCCAGCCCGAUGGCACGAUGCCCUCCGACAAGACCAUCGGCGGCGGCGACGACUCCUUCAACACCUUCUUCAGCGAGACCGGCGCCGGCAAGCACGUCCCCAGGGCUGUGUUCGUUGAUCUGGAACCCACUGUCGUCGACGAAGUCCGCACCGGCACCUACCGCCAGCUGUUCCACCCCGAGCAGCUGAUCACCGGCAAGGAGGACGCCGCCAACAACUACGCUCGCGGACACUACACAAUCGGCAAAGAGAUCGUCGACCUCGUCCUCGACCGCAUCCGCAAGUUGGCCGACCAGUGCACGGGGCUUCAGGGCUUCCUCAUCUUCCACUCGUUCGGCGGAGGAACCGGCUCGGGCUUCACGUCGCUGCUGAUGGAGAGGCUGUCGGUGGACUACGGCAAGAAGAGCAAGCUGGAGUUCUCCAUCUACCCGGCGCCGCAGGUCUCAACAGCAGUCGUCGAGCCCUACAACUCCAUCCUGACGACCCACACGACCCUGGAACACUCCGACUGCGCCUUCAUGGUCGACAACGAAGCCAUCUACGACAUCUGCAGGAGGAACUUGGACAUCGAGCGCCCCACCUACACCAACCUCAACCGCCUCAUCGGCCAGAUCGUGUCUUCAAUCACGGCUUCCCUUCGGUUCGACGGCGCUCUGAAUGUGGAUCUGACGGAGUUCCAGACGAACCUCGUACCGUACCCGCGUAUCCACUUCCCGCUCGCUACGUACGCCCCCGUCAUAUCCGCAGAGAAGGCUUACCACGAGCAGCUGUCCGUUGCCGAAAUCACGAACGCCUGUUUCGAACCCGCGAACCAGAUGGUAAAAUGCGACCCACGUCACGGAAAGUACAUGGCCUGUUGCAUGCUGUAUCGUGGCGAUGUUGUGCCCAAGGACGUCAACGCUGCCAUUGCUUCUAUCAAGACCAAGAGGACAAUUCAGUUUGUGGAUUGGUGUCCUACGGGAUUCAAGGUGGGCAUCAACUACCAGCCUCCCACCGUGGUCCCCGGCGCCGACCUGGCCAAGGUGUCCCGCGCGGUGUGCAUGCUGUCCAACACAACCGCCAUCGCCGAGGCGUGGGCGCGUCUCGACCACAAGUUCGACCUGAUGUACGCCAAGCGCGCCUUCGUGCACUGGUAUGUGGGCGAGGGCAUGGAGGAGGGAGAGUUCUCCGAGGCCCGGGAGGAUUUGGCCGCCCUCGAGAAGGACUACGAGGAGGUCGGAGUGGAUUCGACCGAGGCUGAGGACGAGGAAGGAGGCGAAGAAUACUAGAGCGGGACUCCUGACGAAGAGUGAGGGAGGGCGUUGAGGGCGAAGGAGGCCGAAGGACCUCUCUCAUCCCUUCUCAAGGCGGGCAAGAGGGAAAACAACCGUCUCCGAAGCAGCCUGCAAGACACGUCCGUCCUUUGUCCCUAAAUCCUUCUCCUGUUUUGGGAUGUCUCUCUACCCCCUCCCCCCCUCACCUUCCUUCUUCCUGCGAUCGGGCCUGGCAAACACUGAAAGAAUCAGUGGUAACGAAAAGAAGAGUCAGCUGCAUUGCCAUUACUAUUAAAAAGUAACGCACAAAAACAGACAAAUGCAUAGAUAGGUAGUGAUGAUCAAAGAAAGUGAAAACAGUUUUCAUAUUUCACGCAUUAUCUUCACCCUAAAGUUUACCCGACACUGCCAACACGUUAUUCUCACCGCUGGCGCUCUAACGUGCCGCGAAAAUAAUGCCGCUUUGGCCCUUUUCAACCCCCUUCAUGUGGCACUUUCGAGAGAGAGAAAGGAAAUGUCACUCUCCAUCAUAACGACUCAUAGUACUAUAAAACUAUAUCGUUUUCCAUCAUCGGCCAUACUCAUGUCUAGUCACAAAUGAUAAUAACGAUAAAAGAAAUGAAUACAAAAAAAAAAAACUUCUAGUCAUGCUAGGCCUUCAGAUCAACCCCCCCCCCCCCCACACCUACCUUACACCCACCUUCUCCUCCCUCUCCAUCCCUCUCUCACGAACAAUCACAACAAAGAAAGAGAAAUAAGAACCGGUAAGAACAAUCAUACAUGGACCGAUUGGCUGUUAUGAAUAAACGAAAACAACAUACAUGGA